AUGUCUGCUUUCACCUCCAUAGGUGCCAAAGUAGAUUACCAGAUUAAUAACAGACCUGGUCCAUAUGUUUUUAGAAUUAGCGGUCAAAAUCAUCACCUAAUGGGUUCACUUCUUCCCCCUGAUGGGCAUCCACCUAAAUUUGCUCAAUUAUACAUUUAUGACACGGAGAACGAGAUAAAUAAUAGGAUUCAAGUAUUCGAUGCACAUGGGAACCAUUCUACUAUUGAUAAGGAUAUUGUAUCUGAUUUAAUCACGAUGUUUGAUAAUACUAAUGAAAUUGUGAAAGCCUUUAGAAUGGCCCGAGAUCGCUUUGAAGAAAGUGAUUAUUUGCCUAUUAGAUUGAGAUUGAUUGGUGCACGAAGAGAAUGUGCAAGGCAGUAUAAUCCUCCAUCAUCUUCUGAAAUUGCUGGCCUGAUAAUUGGCGACCUUGGUUGUGCGGAUCGACAACGUGAUAUCGUAGUUGAACACAAAACUGAGGGUCUUAAACGUAUUAGCGAUCUACACCCGUCUCUUAUGGCGAUGCAGUAUCCCAUCCUUUUUCCAUAUGGUGAAGAUGGCUUUAUGCUCGGAAUUCGAUGUAAUGAAAAUUCGCGUAGAAAAACAAAUUCAAGACAGUGCGUUACUAUGCGAGAAUUUUAUGCCUAUAGGAUACAGAAUAGAUCGAAUGAAGGAAAAACCCUAAUUCGAGGCGGGCGACUUUUCCAGCAGUAUAUAGUUGAUGCAUUUACAUGUGUUGAGGAAGAAAGACUCAGCUAUAUUAGGAACAACCAAUCGAAUUUACGUUCUGAAAUAUAUAAAGGUAUUAGAGAUGCUGUUAUUGAGGGUGAUGUAGAUGGUAAUGCUAUUGGAAAGCGAAUUAUAUUACCGUCUAGCUUCACGGCUGGCCCUAGGUAUAUGAUCCAAAAUUACCAGGAUGCUAUUGCCAUAUGUAGGUCUUCUGGUCCUCCAGAUUUAUUUAUAACAUUUACAUGUAAUGCGCAAUGGCAAGAAAUACGCGAUGCAUUGCAAUUUAUGCCGGGCCAGCGGCCUGAAGAUAGACCAGAUAUUAUUAGCAGGGUUUUUAAGAUGAAAUUGGAAGCACUCAUGAAUGACAUCAAGAAGGAACGUUUCUUUGGCCAGACAACAGCUGAGCUUUACACAGUAGAGUUUCAGAAACGAGGGCUGCCGCAUGUGCAUAUCUUGCUAUGGUUGUGUGGCGGUAAUAAAUACUUAACAAGUUUGGAGAUAGAUUCAAUUAUCUCUGCAGAGAUACCUGAUAAAACUGUUGAUCCAGAUAGUUACACAAGUGUUGCCAAAUUUAUGAUGCACGGACCAUGUGGUCUGGCAAAACCAAACGCACCAUGUAUGGUGGGCGGUCGAUGCUCGAAACAUUUUCCAAAGAAUUUCAAAAGUGAAACCGUAAUAAAUGAUGAUGGUUAUCCUAUAUAUAAAAGAAGAAAUGAUCAUAGGGUUGCUAUUAAAAAUGGGAUUGAGCUUGAUAAUAGAUUUGUAGUACCUUACAACCUUACAUUGGUUAAUAAAUACCAAGCUCAUAUUAAUGUUGAAUGGUGUAAUAAGUCUAGGCUUAUCAAAUAUUUAUUCAAAUAUGUUAAUAAAGGCCCGGAUCGAUCUGCCGUUGUUCUCGAAAAUAAUAUUAACCAUGAAGCCUCCAGCUCCGAUCAACGGUAUAAACAAGUAGAUGAAAUCAAGCAAUACCUGGAUUGUCGAUAUUUAUCUGCGUAUGAGGCUAUUUGGAGGUUAUUUGAUUUUGAUAUUCACUUUAGACAACCAUCAGUCGAAAGAUUGACCGUACAUUUGCCUAUGAUGAAUAAUGUUACAUAUCAUAGUGCCCAAAAUUUGAUAAAUGGUCUGAGGCGCCCUAAUAUUGGUAAGACAAUGUUUACGUCAUGGAUGGAGACCAAUCAAGGUAACGAUGAUGCCCGCGAUCUGACAUACGCAGAGUUCCCAACAAAAUGGGUAUGGCAUCCAAAAGAUAAAUUUUGGUCAAGACGCAAACAAGGAAAUCGUAUAGGAAGAAUAGUUUAUAUACAUCCAAGUGCAGGAGAGCUUUAUUACUUAAGGAUGCUUUUGAAUGUAGUUAGAGGUCCUAGAGAUUAUGCAGAAAUUAGAACUGUUAACGGUGUUACUCAUGAAACAUUUCGUUCUGCAUGUCAAGCCUUAGGGUUACUUGGGGAUGAUAAUGAAUGGAGGGCCGCUCUGAGUGAGGCAACCCUUUGGUGCUCCGCAUGUCAGCUUAGGCAGCUUUUCGUCACUAUAUUGCUGUACUGUGAGGUAACCGAUCCACUUAAAUUGUGGGAAGAAUUUUGGGAAUCAUUUGCCGACGAUAUUGUACAUAAGUUGCAGACUAUUCUUGGGCUCCAAAAUCUCCGCAUGCCUCAAGUUGAACUCCAAAAUCAUGUUUUGUUUGAGCUCGAAAUAUUAUUUAAUAAAAACGGGAGCUCCCUUGCACAUUUCAAACUUCCUAUUCCAAAUAGAAUGGUUGUCAACCAACUGAAUAAUAGGUUGCUCAGGGAAGAGCUGGAUUACAAUUUAGAGGAAUUAGAACGGGAACAUUUGCAUUUGUUUAGGGGAUUGACAGAUGAACAAAGGGAAAUCUAUAAUGCUGUGUUGAUUUCCAUAUAUGAAAAAAAUGGGGAUGUCAUAUUUGUUUAUGGUCAUGGCGGAACGGGUAAAACUUACCUGUGGAAGACUAUUAUUUGCAAAUUACAUUCGGAAGGCAGGAUAGUGUUGGCUGUUGCUUCAUCCGGUAUAGCUUCACUUCUUUUACCCGGGGGUAGGACAGCUCACUCGAGAUUUAAAAUACCUAUUAAAAUUGAUGACUCUUCUGUUUGCGAAAUAAAGAAGUCCAGCCAACUUGCAAAAUUAAUUUCCCAUGCUAGCUUGAUCAUCUGGGAUGAAGCACCUAUGAACCACAAGAAUUGUUUUGAGGCACUAGAUAGAACAUUGAAAGACAUUUUGGAAUUAGAUGAUUCAAAUGCUGGGGAAAAAAUGUUCGGGGGGAAAACCGUUCUUUUGGGCGGCGAUUUCCGACAAAUACUUCCAAGUUCUUCAAGUGACAGAUCAUCUGCAUCUCUAGCAGAAUUCAGUAAAUGGAUACUCGAUAUUGAAAUUUAUGAUUGUAUUGGAGCGAACUACAAUAAUCCUGCCUACCUGCGUGAUCGAGCUAUUGUUACACCAACAAACGAAAUGGUUGAUGAGCUCAAUGCCUAUGUUUAUAAAUUUGCAAUGGAGUACCAACUAUUAUCUGAAUUAUCGUUGCAAUCUCAAAAUUGCAAGAUUAAGGGAUAUUCUCUACAAGGAACGAUACGUAAAAAAGAUACAGAAGAAUUCAAAAGCCGACUUGCUGAAGGGAAAAUAUAUCUUAUAGAAAAGUUCAGUGUUAUUCCGAGCAAGAAAAAGUUUGUUACCGUCGAGCGUCCUUACAUGGUUCAGAUAAAUAGGUGGACAUUUGUAACACUGGUUGAGGAAGAAAUGGACAUAAUGCCUUUAUAUAGUUUUAAUUUCUCAAACUUCCAGCAAGUUGAAAAUCAGAGAUACAAUGACACUGUUCUCACAGAAAAGAUACAUUUGUCAACCUGUUCUGCAUCAAAGAUUUACAUAGACUUGCAAAUUCCAGAGGUUAUAGAGUUCUUGGAAAGAUUACAAACCAUACCUGUCUCCGUUCAGCAGCUUGCUGUCAGUCAACAACAAAUUAUUAGUCCACAAGAAGAAAUCUGUAUGAACAGAAAAACUGUUGCUCAAUUGUUCGGUCUCGACGUAUCUAACACUCAGAAUAUCAAGUACACUUGCAGAGCUAAAAUUUCUGACAUCGAUACAUCUUUUGGUUGGUGGUACAAAGCAUGUUAUAACUGCAAAUCAGCUGUCACAACAUUUGAUGAUACUUUUUUGUGCUCCAAUUGUGACAAGAAUGAUCGACCUCCUAUACCAUGGUACAAAUUAAAAACUAUUGUUGAGGAUGAUACCGGCUCUGCAAUUUUUACCAUAUUCGGAAGAUUAGCGCAAGAUUUGAUCCAUAUUCCAGCCCAAAAUCUUGCUACUUCAACUGGUUCGGAUAAAUUUACGCUGCCUCCUAUAAUUAAAACAAUUAUUGGAAGUGAACAUGUUUUCCAGAUAGUGCCUGACAUGCAGCGAUUUAGAACAAGUGUUCCUUCUUUUAAAGUCGUCAAAAUUUUUAGUACUCAAUACAGUUUAAAGGAGAAUGCUUCUUCGCCUAAAAAUUUAAUGAUCAAAUGUGAAGAAAAGCUCGAUUUUCCUACUGCUCAAGAAGAAAUUCACAAGGAAUUAUUUGACGAAGCAUCCCCAUGCACAACCAUUUCCUGCAGGUAA